UAUUUAUAUGUCAUACAAAUACUCGUCCAGCACAUUAUUACUCUACGCCGUCUACCGUCUACGGUCCAGUAUAUAAAAAAUAUACCUUAAUAAAAAUAUGUAAAUUUGUUAUUCCUUGAAAAUUACAUAGAAUUACCGAAAAAGUUGUAAUCAUGAAGUUUUUCAGUCGCAUUAGUCAUAAGUUUUGUGUAUGUCAAGAAGUUAUUCGUAACACUUGUCUGAAAUCGACAAGAGCGGCAGUAUUAAAAGCUGUUAACGAACCGUUAGCUAUAGAAAAUUUUGAAAUUCCUGAUAAACUCAAAGAAGGACAACUAAGAAUCGCUGUCAAGUAUUGCGCUGUGAAUAAUUCAGAUGCUUUAAUGUGUUCCGGAUUAUCUGAAAUCAAACCUACUUUGCCUUUUGUUCCUGGUUUCGAAUUAGCGGGUGAAGUGAUUGAAUCUAGAGCGACUAAUUCCAACGAAGAAGAAGAAGACAUAACUGUUGGCGAUCGCGUCCUAGUAUUGAACAAAGAAAUUUUGGGUGGGUUUGCUGAAGAAUGUAUUGUUGAUGAAAAAGAUGUAUUUAGUAUUCCAUCAGAGCUGUCUUACGAAUCUGCUGCUUCUAUCGGAGAUAGUUAUGCAACUGCACUAUUAGGUCUUUCACGCCGAGCUAAUUUGAAAAAGGACAACACCGUUUUGGUUACCGCUGCUGCGGGUGGCUUGGGUCUAGCCGCCGUUGAUAUUGCAGCGAACAUGUGUAAAGCCAAGGUGAUAGGGGCUUGUCGUUUGGAAAAAAAUACUUCGUUAGUUCGAGAAAAAGGAGCUUUCAUGUCGUUUGAAAUUAAAAACCCUGAAAACUUGUGCAAACGUGUAUUAAAAGAAACUGAAGGAAAAGGUGUUGAUGUUGUGUUUGAUGCUGUUGGUGGAGAAAUAUUUCAAUCGGCAUUAGACUGCGUAAAUCAUGAAGGGAAAGUUCUAGUAGCAGGGUUUGCAUCUCGUCAAAUUCCUGAAUUGAAUAUUAACGAGUUGCUUAGACGUCCUUCAUUCAGUCUAAUCGGUGUGUCAUUAAACAACUAUCGUACUCACUCAGUAAAAGUAUACAGGCAAUCCGUCAAAGAUGUGCUGACCAUGUGCAAAAUGGGCAUGAUCAGUCCUGAUGUGUCAGAAACGCUCAACCUGGAUCGAGUUAACGAAGCGUUAGAACAUUUCGCUACAGACAAGACCAGCGGUAAAAUUCUGUUAAAGGUUGCUGACUAACCCAGUCUAUUAAGACGGUUCAAAGUUAUUUCACACAUAUUACGACCGUUACAGUGCUAUAUCAUUUAUAGAUGUAAAUUUACUGUGUUUAGUCUUAACCUGUGUUAUGAUGUUUUUCUGUAUGUAAAUAUAUAUAUAUAUUUUCUACUAUUAGUUUGGAAUAAAAAUAAACGAUG